UAGCAAGUUCCGUUGGGGAAGAUGGCGGCGGCCGCGAGCACCUUACUCUUUUUGCCGCCCGGGACUUCAGACUGAACCUUCCCGGGAAGAGUGGGGGUUGCUGGAACCCUGCUUCCCGGGAGCCUGAACCAGCUUGGUUCCCUCGUUGGUGGUGGGGAAGGGCUUAUCCUCUUGUGUAGGACUUAGGCCCUCACCACCGUCAGGAUGAAGGCUCAGGGGGAAACCGAGGAGUCAGAAAAACUGAGUAAGAUGAGCUCUCUCUUGGAACGACUCCAUGCAAAAUUUAACCAAAACAGACCUUGGAGUGAAACCAUUAAGCUUGUACGGCAAGUCAUGGAAAAGAGGGUUGUAAUGAGUUCUGGAGGUCACCAGCAUUUGGUCAGCUGUUUGGAGACAUUGCAGAAAGCUCUUAAAGUAACAUCUUUACCAGCAAUGACUGACCGUUUGGAGUCUAUAGCAAGACAGAAUGGACUGGGCUCUCAUCUCAGUGCCAGUGGCACUGAAUGUUACAUCACGUCAGAUAUGUUCUAUGUGGAAGUGCAGUUAGAUCCUGCAGGACAGCUUUGUGAUGUAAAAGUGGCUCACCAUGGGGAGAAUCCUGUGAGCUGCCCAGAGCUUGUACAGCAGCUAAGGGAAAAAAAUUUUGAUGAAUUUUCUAAGCACCUUAAGGGUCUUGUUAAUCUUUAUAACCUUCCAGGGGACAACAAACUGAAGACUAAAAUGUAUUUGGCUCUCCAAUCCUUAGAACAAGAUCUAUCAAAAAUGGCAGUUAUGUAUUGGAAAGCAACCAAUGCUGGUCCCUUGGAUAAGAUUCUUCAUGGAAGUGUUGGCUAUCUCACUCCAAGAAGUGGCGGUCACUUAAUGAACUUGAAGUACUAUGCCUCUCCUUCUGACCUGCUUGAUGAUAAGACUACAUCUCCCAUCAUUUUGCAUGAAAAUAAAGUUCCUCGAUCUUUGGGCAUGAAUGCAUCAGUGACAAUUGAAGGGACAUCUGCUAUGUAUAAACUCCCAAUUGCACCAUUAAUUAUGGGGUCACAUCCAGUUGACAACAAAUGGACCCCUUCUUUUUCUUCAGUCACCAGUGCCAACAGUGUUGAUCUUCCUGCUUGUUUCUUCUUGAAAUUUCCCCAGCCAAUUCCAGUAUCUAGAGCAUUUGUUCAGAAACUUCAGAACUGCACAGGAAUUCCAUUGUUUGAAACUCAACCAACUUAUGUUCCCCUGUAUGAACUGAUCACUCAAUUUGAGCUGUCAAAGGACCCUGACCCCCUACCCUUGAAUCACAAUAUGCGAUUUUAUGCUGCUCUUCCGGGUCAGCAGCACUGCUAUUUCCUCAACAAGGAUGCUCCUCUUCCAGAUGGCAGAAGUCUACAGGGAACCCUUGUUAGCAAAAUCACCUUUCAGCACCCUGGCCGGGUUCCACUUAUCCUAAAUUUGAUCAGACACCAAGUGGCCUAUAAUACGCUAAUUGGAAGCUGUGUUAAAAGAACUAUUCUGAAAGAAGAUUCUCCUGGGCUCCUCCAAUUUGAAGUGUGUCCUCUCUCAGAGUCCCGUUUCAGUGUAUCCUUUCAGCAUCCUGUGAAUGACUCCCUGGUGUGUGUGGUAAUGGAUGUGCAGGACUCAACACAUGUGAACUGUAAACUCUACAAGGGGCUGUCAGAUGCACUCAUCUGCACAGAUGACUUCAUUGCCAAAGUUGUUCAAAGAUGUAUGUCCAUCCCUGUGACGAUGAGGGCUAUUCGGAGGAAAGCUGAAACCAUUCAGGCCGACACCCCAGCACUGUCCCUCAUUGCAGAGACAGUUGAAGACAUGGUGAAAAAGAACCUGCCCCCGGCUAGCAGCCCAGGGUAUGGCAUGACCACAGGCAACAACCCAAUGAGUGGUACCACCACACCAACCAACACCUUUCCGGGGGGUCCCAUUACCACCUUGUUUAAUAUGAGCAUGAGCAUCAAAGAUCGGCAUGAGUCGGUGGGCCAUGGGGAGGACUUCAGCAAGGUGUCUCAGAACCCAAUUCUUACCAGUUUGUUGCAAAUCACAGGGAACGGGGGGUCUACCAUUGGCUCGAGUCCGACCCCUCCUCAUCACACGCCGCCACCUGUCUCUUCGAUGGCCGGCAACACCAAGAACCACCCGAUGCUCAUGAACCUUCUUAAAGAUAAUCCUGCCCAGGAUUUCUCAACCCUUUAUGGAAGCAGCCCUUUAGAAAGGCAGAAGUCCUCUUCCGGCUCACCCCGGAUGGAAAUGUGCUCGGGAAGCAACAAGACAAAGAAGAAGAAGUCAUCAAGAUUACCACCUGACAAACCCAAGCACCAGACUGAAGAUGACUUUCAGAGGGAGCUAUUUUCAAUGGAUGUUGACUCACAGAACCCUAUCUUUGAUGUCAACAUGACAGCUGACACCCUGGAUACGCCACACAUCACUCCAGCUCCAAGCCAGUGUAGCACUCCCCCAACAACCUACCCACAAACAGUACCUCACCCCCAACCCAGUAUUCAAAGGAUGGUUCGACUAUCCAGUUCAGACAGCAUUGGCCCAGAUGUAACUGAUAUCCUUUCAGACAUUGCAGAAGAAGCCUCUAAGCUUCCCAGCACUAGUGACGAUUGUCCACCAAUUGGCACCCCUGUUCGAGAUUCUUCAAGCUCUGGGCAUUCUCAGAGUGCCCUCUUUGAUCCUGAUGUCUUUCAGACCAAUAAUAAUGAAAAUCCAUACACUGAUCCAGCUGACCUUAUUGCAGAUGCUGCUGGAAGCCCCAGCAGUGACUCUCCUACCAAUCAUUUUUUUCCUGAUGGAGUAGAUUUCAAUCCUGAUUUGUUGAACAGCCAGAGCCAAAGUGGUUUUGGAGAAGAGUAUUUUGAUGAAAGCAGCCAAAGUGGAGAUAAUGAUGAUUUCAAAGGAUUUGCAUCUCAGGCACUAAAUACUUUGGGGGUGCCAAUGCUUGGAGGUGAUAAUGGGGAGACUAAAUUUAAAGGUAAUAGCCAAGCUGACACAGUUGAUUUCAGUAUUAUAGCAGUGGGUGGUAAGGCUUUGGGUCCUGCAGAUCUUAUGGAGCAUCACAGUCGUAGCCAAAGUCCUUUAUUGACCACUGGGGACUUAGGGAAAGAAAAGAUUCAAAAGAGGGUAAAGGAAGGCAGUAGCACCAAUAAUAGUCUGUCAGGGCCAGGAUUAGAUAGCAAACCAGGGAAGCGCAGUCGGACCCCUUCUAAUGAUGGCAAAAGCAAAGAUAAGCCUCCCAAGCGGAAGAAGGCAGACACUGAGGGAAAGUCUCCCUCUCACAGUUCUUCUAACCGACCUUUCACCCCACCUACCAGUACAGGUGGAUCUAAAUCUCCGGGCAGUUCAGGAAGAUCUCAGACUCCCCCAGGUGUUGCCACACCACCUAUUCCCAAAAUCACUAUUCAGAUUCCUAAGGGAACGGUGAUGGUGGGCAAACCCUCUUCCCACAGUCAGUAUACCAGUGGUGGUUCUGUGUCUUCCUCAGGCAGUAAAAGCCACCAUAGCCAUUCUUCCUCUUCCUCAUCUGCUUCCAGCUCAGGAAAGAUGAAAAGCAGUAAGUCAGAAAGUUCAUCAAGUUCCAAGUUAAGUAGCAGUAUAUAUUCUAGCCAAGGGUCUUCUGGAUCUAGCCAGUCCAAAAAUUCAUCCCAGUCUGGAGGGAAGCCAGGCUCCUCUCCCAUUACCAAGCAUGGACUGAGCAGUGGCUCCAGCAGCACCAAGAUGAAACCUCAAGGGAAGCCAUCAUCACUUAUUAACCCUUCUUUAAGUAAACCAAACAUAUCCCCUUCUCAUUCAAGGCCACCUGGAGGCUCUGAUAAGCUUGCCUCUCCAAUGAAGCCUGUUCCUGGGACUCCCCCAUCCUCUAAAGCCAAGUCCCCUAUCAGUUCAGGUUCUGGUAGUUCUCAUAUGUCUGGAACUAGUUCAAGCACUGGCAUGAAGUCAUCUUCAGGGUUAGGAUCAUCAGGCUCACUGUCUCAGAAAACUCCCCCAUCAUCUAAUUCUUGUACAGCAUCUUCCUCUUCCUUCCCCUCAAGUAGCUCUUCCAUGUCAUCCUCUCAGAACCAGCAUGGGAGUUCCAAAGGGAAAUCUCCCAGCAGAAAUAAGAAGCCAUCUUUAACAGCUGUCAUAGAUAAACUGAAGCAUGGGGUUGUCACCAGUGGUCCUGGGGGUGAAGACCCAAUGGAUGGCCAGAUGGGGGUGAGCACAAAUUCUAGUCAUCCUGUGUCCUCCAAACAUAACAUGACAGGAGGAGAGUUCCAGGGCAAACGUGAGAAAAGUGAUAAAGACAAAUCAAAGAUUUCCACCCCUGGGGGCUCACUGGAUUCAUCUAAGAAGACCUCAGAGGUGAAAAAUGUGGGGAGCACUGGUGUGGCAAAAAUCAUCAUCAGCAAGCAUGAUGGGGGAUCUCCCAGCAUUAAAGCCAAAGUGACUUUGCAGAAACCUGGGGAAAGUAGUGGAGAAGGGCUCAGGCCUCAGAUGGCUUCUUCCAAAAACUAUGGCUCUCCACUCAUCAGUGGUUCUACUCCAAAGCAUGAGCGUGGCUCUCCCAGCCAUAGUAAGUCACCAGCAUAUACCCCUCAGAAUCUGGACAGCGAAAGUGAGUCAGGCUCCUCCAUAGCAGAGAAAUCAUACCAGAACAGUCCCAGCUCAGAUGAUGGCAUUCGACCACUUCCAGAAUACAGCACAGAAAAGCAUAAGAAGCACAAAAAAGAAAAGAAGAAAGUAAAAGACAAAGACAGGGAUCGGGACCGGGACAAAGACCGAGACAAGAAAAAAUCUCAUAGCAUCAAGCCAGAGAGUUGGUCCAAAUCACCCAUCUCUUCAGACCAGUCCUUGUCUAUGACAAGUAACACAAUCUUAUCUACAGAGAGGCCCUCAAGGCUCAGCCCUGACUUCAUGAUUGGGGAGGAAGAUGACGAUCUUAUGGAUGUGGCCCUGAUUGGCAAUUAGGAAUCUUUGUAAGACAAGAAAACAUCACCAGAGAAAAAGUUUAUAGACAAACCACCACAAGGGGCGAGUCAGACAGGUCUUACUUUGUGUUUAAGAAUCUUAAAUGGUAUGGCUUUGAUACCAAUCUGGGUCAAUUUAGAAAGGCAUAGCUAGACCCUACUAUGGAAACCAUAGGGUUUGAUUCUUGUUACCAAGAAUCACUUGUUCCUUUGCCAGAAAAAAUUAAAAUACUUGCUUAUUAAAGG